AUGCCCAUCCCUUUGAUUGCUCAGGGGAUCACUGAGGGCGUCUCAUCCAUCCCAUAUGCCUAUACGGUUCUCAGGGCGCUGCCAUGGGUGCUCCUCGUCGCUGCGCUGAAAUACUACUUCGGCGGAGCUCGAAACAGCUCCGAGCGAGUGAUGCACUCGAAAGUCGUGAUGGUGACGGGCGGCACCUCCGGGAUUGGAGCCAGCGUGGUGUAUGAACUUGCAUCACGCGGCGCCCAGGUCAUCCUUCUCACGCAGCACGCUCCGUCGGAUAUCUUUCUCGUCGAAUACAUCGAGGAUCUGCGGAAGUCAACGGGGAACCAAAUGAUCUACGCCGAACAAGUCGACCUGUCAUCACUACACUCUGUGCGCACCUUCGCAACCAAAUGGAUCGAUAACGUGCCCGCACGUCGACUGGAUAUGGUCAUCCUAUGCGCCAACACUGCGGCACCAUCCUCCAGCCUCAGGAAAUCUACCAUCGAUGGCCUGGAUGAGGAGUGGCAGGUGAAUUAUCUCGCGAAUUACCAUUUGCUGAGCAUCCUCAGUCCCGCGCUCCGAGCGCAGCCGGCUCAUCGGGACGUCCGGAUUAUCUUCACAACAUGUUCUAGCUACAUCGGUGCUACGAUUGAUCUAAAACAGACUGAUACUAUCGCGGCGGGAACUAACGGCGGUAGCGAUUCUUCCCGAGCAUCGUCACGAUCAAACAAGCCCACAAAACACCCCAAGAAGAACAACAGCAAACCCACAAGAGGGGCAGGGAAUAAGAAACGAACCAGUUUAUUCGGCAUGAGCAAACUAUCAUUGAUGGUCUUCGCCCACUCUUUCCAACAGCACCUGAACGCGUUCAAACGCCCGGACGGGCUACCGCCGAGCACGCGAGUGCUCAUCGUGGACCCGGGAUUCAGUCGCACCCCGGGCACGCGACGCUGGUUAACCGGCGGUUCGCUAUGGGGACUCCUGAUGUACCUCCUCACGUGGCCAUUCUGGUGGUUGGUGCUCAAAUCGCCGCAACAGGGGGCCCAGGGUAUUCUAUAUGCGGCCAUGGAGGCGCAAUAUAACCGGGGAACCGGAGGAUGGAUGAUCAAGGAGUGCCGAGAGGUUGAUUUUGCCCGCAACGAGGUGCGGGACGAGGAGAUUGGGAAGCAGCUGUGGGAAUUCAGCGAGAAGCAGAUCGAGGUCAAGGAAAAAGAAAGCGCAGUGAGACGUGUCCUGCAGCAGAAGGAGAAAGAACAGCAAGAAAUUCUUGAGAAUGCGUCGUCGACAACGGGGAAGGGCCCUAAAGAGCAAACACCGGGGUCUCGACGGAGUCGAAAAGGCAAUAAAUAA